AUGCACGCAAGACUCGUAGCUGUCACCGUGGCAUCGCUCUCCUUGGCUUCUCAAGCUCUUGCCUGGGGAUGUAUUGGUCAAGACUGUAAGCAGGCUGCCAACCAGAUCGCCUUCUCGGUACCAGAGCCUGCCGUUAAGGAUGGCAAGUCGCUCACAUGGGGCCCCACACCAGGACAGGGAUGGCAGUGGGCCAGCUGUGGAUCCGGCGAUGAGAUCGUCGAUGUAGAAAGCAUUGUUGUCAGCCCUGACCCGCCUGUCCCUGGCCAGAACCUGACCGUGCGCGCCAAAGGAACGGUCAAGGAGGAAGUCAGCGACGGCACAUUUGCCGAUGUUGUAGUCAAGCUUGGUCUCAUCAGGCUCCUAGCACGCCGAUUCGAUGUCUGCGAAGAGGCAAGAAGCAAUAACGCCGAUCUUCAAUGUCCCAUCUCUCCUGGAAACUACCAGCUCGAACAAACCGUUGCCUUGCCUCGAGAAAUCCCUCCUGGCAAAUUCAAUGUUCACCUUACUGGUGAGAAUCAAGAUGGCUCCAACCUGCUCUGUCUCGAUCUCAGCAUCCAGUUUGGAUUCCGUCGCUAA